AUGGCGGCGCCCGGACGGAGGGAAAGGGGCGAUGAUGAACGCGCCGUCGGGGAGUUUUUUGCCCUUUGCGAUGAUCCCGUACGAACAAAAGAGGAUCGCAACAUGUGGGGUAAAAUUCAAGCAAAGGGUUUCCCCAGGAACGGCAAACCGGGGGGGGUGCCGGGGGGGGGGGGAAAAGGGGGGCCCGGGCUCCCCUUUUCGGGGUUUGCACCAACGCCUCCGCAGAAGACCCGGGGCCCCGGGAAAGGAGGAAUGAGGAACCUCGUGCCCGGGGUUAAGGAAUUCACCUACCGGAACCGCAUCGGGGCCCAUGGAUUCCGAGAAGUUCCCGGUGUCGAUGUGGGUUGGGGCGGGGGGAACAUCCGUGGACAGGGCGGCCGGGGCCCCCCCCCCCUCCCCGAGGGUGUUCGGAGUUCCCUCCCCCCCCAUCGUUCUGCCCCAUCGCCGGGUUUCAAAAAACGGGGCCAGAAGGGGUGGGGGCCCGGGGGUCCACCCCCAUCCCCCGCCCACAGCGCCCACCCGCUUGCUACGGGGCCCCAAACGAUUAAAGAUGCACAAGAUCUACUGAAUGGAGGAGGCCCGCCCGUGGAGAAGAGGUUUCUUCCUCAAAGCUCGGAAUAG